UCAAAAGCAGUGGCCCGAUAGACCCGAUAAGAGAGGGCCGCUGAUGAGUUUGGUAAAGUUUUUUAUAGGAAGCCGAAAAACCCUAAAAUCUAUGGCUUCUCCUUUCUCAGAUCAAUCGUCCCUCUUAGAGAACCAACUUGAAGUUGCAAACUCCAUAAUCGAAGUUUAUCAAGCUAUAAUGGCUUCUCCUUCCUCGGAUCGAUUGUCCCUUUUAAAGAAUCAAUUUGAAGUUAAAAUGUCGAUAAUCGAAGUGUAUCAAACUAUAAUGAAGAGAAACCAGUUGAAUUCUACACUGCUCGAUGACAUAGGGAACAAAAUCAACAGGCUAGAUCAAGCCCAUGAACCCAUCAACUCAAUUAGGAGUGAUUACCACACUUUGUUGUCCUCUAUUGUCAACAAUCUUCGAGAGCAAUCCAGAACUCCCCCAUCCAAUGCAGUCGAGAGCUUGGAGCACCAAAUGUUGAUAUCUAAGGGCUUAGGAAUUGAACUGGAUGCAUUUGUGGAUGUAUUGUGUAUGAUCCAGAGAUUGAGAGAAGAGGGAUCCUGCUGCCCAGAGAAGUUGGCUGCUGUCCUGUCUCUGUUCAUGUCCUCGUUAAGUUUCUGGACCCAUGCUGGGAUUCACCCAAUAGCUGAUUCUGAUCAUGCUCUCAGAGAUCACUGCCUCUCUUUACUGAUGCAAUUGAGCACCUGCACAAACUCGGUGGAUGGAGCAUCGAGCAAUGUCCUUGACAUUGAGAAUCCUCCCCGUGUUAGUCAUGUGGCUCCUAUCGGCAAAACCACGCCAAAGGGAAGCCCAACACUGGACCAGAAGGAAGAUCUGGAGGCCAAGAUAGAUCGCAUAUUAAAUAUUGUGCAUGAAAACGUGCCAAAGUUUGGCCUCUUCUUCUGCAUGCUGGGUUAUGUAAUCAUCUACUUGUAGCAAAAAUUGGAAGAAAUGAGAGCGACACAAGACUGCUAAAUCUUUUACAUGGUUGGACGGCGCUUAUGAUGUUACUUUUGCUUAUCCAUCCCUACACCCGGCGUCCUGCUGGAGUCCUGAGAGGUUUGCACUCCUCCAUCUCUGGAGUGAUCUUGGGAUCAGGACUAGCUGUUUUCACUUAUGCUUGUGCUCUGUAGUUGCGGAUGCAGCAAUUUGGAGAACAAAAAAUUGUGCAAUUCCUAACUUGAUGAUUGUUAUGAUACGCUGUUUGUAUGAAACAUCUUAUAAUGACUGCAAUAUCCGCUUACCUGUGCUUGAGCAGUUACUAGUUAGUAAAUGCUUUGAUUCUCUUUGAGCUUCCUGCCAAUGCGCAGGAUGUAUAGGGCUCCAAA